AUGCCGAAGGCGGAGGUGCUGCGUCUCGGUAGACAGAAGUAUUCUUCGCCGACUAUCGGUUCAGUACUCAGAUACAGGGAGCUGGGCAUGCGAACAAACCAGAGGGACUAUUCCAAAGGUGGAGCUAUCCAGCUUCAGACGCCAAUUGUCGAGAGCAUUGGACCUUCUUUGACAUUUACCGGCACUUCGGGCGAUGUCAAUACCAUAGCUUGGGCGCCCAAUGGCACUCAAUUUGCCGCCGGCUCUGCUUGCCUUGUCGAUUCCGACAGCAUGCAGUACAACAGGCCCAACAAUCUUCUUUUUGGAGACAUUUCACGAAAAGUGCUGUACGAGAUCCCUGAUCACUACACUGAGCGCGAGCGGCCAGAAUCUGGCGUGAAUUCGAGUCAUUCAAUGCACGUCACCCAGGAUCAUCGACUUUUUCAGACUGUUUCAAUGGUUGCCUUUUCACCUGACAACUCGCUUUUAUUCACGGCUGGAUACGAUAAUGUCGUGCGGGUUUACGACGUUUACGACACUGAACAACCAGAAUUGUGGCGUCCUGCUAUUCGUCAUGCGAGUAAAGUUGAUCUCCUCUCUGUCAGUCCUCAAGGUCUCCUCGCUACAGGUUGCCAACGGUCUGAAAAGAAUUCGAUCAGGGUGAUAGACCCCUACCUCCUCAAUGCCGAGUCAUCAGAGCGCUUCGACGAAAAUGGUAUUAAACUGAAGCGGGUUGUGCACAGCUUCGCUUCCAGGAAAGCGGCAGAAAGGCCCGACAAUGACAUAUACCCUUCAGCUCUUCGCUUCGACUGGUCUGGUGAAUACCUACUAGCGGGAUUCGCCUCGACGAAGAGGGAGGAACUGACAAGCGGCGACACGUGCUUGUGGGAUGUCCGUACCGGUGCUCAGAUGACAAUAUUUCCUGAAACACGGAAUGUUUUCGAUGUCGCAUGGAACUCGAACAGAUGGAAGGCACCACUGUUCGCAGUUGGGUGUGUAGCCGGCACAAACGUCAAUCGCGGCACUCGCUCUGUAAUCAAACUCUACGAUAUCCGGGCCCCUGGACGAUACGGCAUGACGUUGGAGUUGGACUGCCCAGCUCUUGAUAUGAACGACGUACUUUUCUGCCCUUACGACGAUAACCUCAUUAUAGCUGGAUGCACGAAUGGCAAGACAUACGUCUGGGACAUCCGGCAGCCACGCCCCGAGGACCAUCUCUAUUCUCUCGUGCACGGAGAACCGUUGAUGGAGCUGGGAGACGACGACCCCGCGUCGAGAGAACGUUUGGACACCGGUAUUCGCUUUUGCUCAUGGGGGCACGACCGCAGAAGGUUAUAUACUGGUUCGUCAGACGGCGUGGUCAAAAUCUGGGAUCCUUACCGGGCCCCAGACGACGUUUUUGUGAGAGAUGUUGUGCAGUUAAACUCCGGGGUCAUGUCCGGUGCAUUCAGUCCUGACUACACAAGCCUUCUUCUCGGCGAGGUCAACGGCACCAUCAAUGCCCUCGAAGUUGGCCAAGUUGGCCGCUCUAUCAAGGACAUAGACUAUUUUGAUCUCAUCUCCUUCGAAGAUGAGGCACAUGCAUCUGACGAUGCGAAUGACACAGACAAGAGCAACAAAGAAGACUCAGGGGUGGCCACUGCCCAGCAGCUUUUGCAAACACAGCAGAUGACUCUCCGACAGAUGGGCAGCCUCCCGAUCCGCCAAGCGGUUCAAGGUCCAAACUAUGCUGGCCCGUAUGACAACGCCGCGGAUGCGCCAGAACUACGCCAGGCAGCGGCGCAAUUCCAGCUUCUCCACUGUGCUCCGCCGACAGAGCAGUGUAGCCUCCCAGCUUGCCACGAAGCCGCAUCCAGCAACAUCGUUCCCGAAGAGGCUGGCGACUCAGGCAGGUCCGCCGACCGCAUCCCUGGCGCGCUCCGCUCACUAGCUCGCACCACUUCCUCUCAGGACAACGGCAAGGUUGGCACACGGUCAGCCAACAGCUCGAUCGUACUGCCCGUCCUCAAGUGCUCGAAAUGCAACAUCCGCCACGCUCGGCCGCGCACGGAAGCAGACGCCGCCGCUGCCACCACCGACGACGACGACGACGACGACGACGAUCAUGUAGACGCGUCAAAGCCGCUCUGCGAGCGCUGCAACUUCGGCUGCCCCCGUUGCGGCCGCAAGGCGGGGAUACUCUCGCACAACGAAGACUCCGUCAUCGCGGGCGUCUUCUGCCUGCACUGCCGCGCUGUUUGGCGCGCCGACGUGCUGGGUUACAAGCUCGUUUACCAACACCAUGGCGGCGAUGAUGAGGGCUGGGACCCCCGCGACGACGAACGGUUCAUGUACGAGCGCGCGCGGAUGAUGGGGAUCCGGAGGAGGGCCCCUACGACAACGCCUGCAGCGGCAGCAGCAGCAGCGGGAUCGGCUCAUGACAACGGUAAAAAGGCGACGAGGAGGAAGCCGAGGGAGGCGCAGGUCGAGAGGGAUAAAAGGAGAGGACAUGAUUACCUCGCAGAUGAUGGUGAGGACUGUAUACAGGAGCAUUACCAUAGCUUGUGGCAGGAUAGACCUGCUUCUCCGCUGUGA